GUGUAUGUCCAAACAAGGAUUGCUCUGUGUCCUCACAGAUGAAUGAGGCCAUGCUGGGAAUUCCCUCUGCAGGAUCUGGCCUGACUGAUACACAGUUCUAUAAAUGUACAUGUUUGUCUACUUAUCUCUUUUUUGUAUAGUUUACUAAAGUAUUAAUAUAGUUUUAAGAAUAUUUCCAGGUUGCAAAACUUGAUUGUUCAUCUUUAUAUGAUCAUACCCAAAAUCUUUGAUCUGGAAGAAAUAAAGGCCAUGUAUUUAGUCCUGGAAAAAAAAGUGUAAAAAGGUAAAGGUUACAUGAAGUGGUGUAUUAUGAUCUAAUUUAAAUGCAUAAAAAUUAAUUUUACAAGAAAAAUAUAAUAAAUACAGAUAUAGUUAUGAGCAAUUGAUGUUGUUCCAGGUAAUACAGAUUGCAUUUCAAAAAACCUCAAGGUUGUAAUUCAAUUGCUGUAACUGCAAUCCAGAAGGGUAUAAUGCCCUCUUCCAACCACUGUAGGUAAUGCACACAGACAUGUUCCAGCAGUAGACUCACAUAAGUAAAAUAAAAAUAAUGUAUAAGAUAUGGAAUCUUCUACAGAGAUGUCACAGCCUUGAGACACACAGCAUUCAGGAUGCACUUCUUUCUGGUCCUACAGAGAAGCACCUGUGCCUUUCCUCUGAAGCAAAUUGCUGAGUAAGAAAAGCAGUCUUAUUCUGAGGUUAGACUAGCUCAGCAAACCUGCUCACGUAAGAACGGUAACCACAGUGCUGUUGGGUGAUGUUCCCUUGAUAUUUUCUGUUUGUAUUCUCUGUCCAUUGUAUAUGGAGAGUUGUGGCAUUUAUACAUCUUUUAAAUUUACCUUUAGAUCAUACAUUGUUGACUAGAAGGUUGUUUUCCUCUGUAAAUCUCCAUCUGCCUAAGUGACUAUUGUUCAAACUAUAGCUGUGGCCCAAACCUAAGAGAGACUUAGGUAUAACAGCAUAUUGGGAACUAAAACUUCUGUUCUAGGCUGGCUCUUCUUUGGGCAUCAGUCAAUGGUGAAUGAGUGAUCUUUUCCCAUGAAAGGAUGCUAAUUCUACCUGUUACACCUCCAGCCUUUUAGAAAAUUAUUUCUGAGACAAGGUUUACUAUGGGGAGUCACGUAGCUCUCAUUCCACUCUGUUAUGACUCAGGGCAGUAACAUUGCUAUCUUAUUGUUUAAACCAACUAAAUUCUUUUUUUUUUUUAAGAUUUGUUUAUUGAUUAUACACUGUAGUUGUCUUCAGACACACCAGAAGAGGGUGUCAGAUCUCAUUACGGAUGGUUGUGAGCCACCAUAUGGGUGCUGGGAUUUGAACUCAGGACCUUUGGAAAAACAUUCAGUGCUCGUAACCGAUCGUUGAACCAUCUCACCAGCCCCCGACAACUAAAUUCUUAAGUUAACAUCUGUACCACCACUGUGUUUUAAAAUUAUGCAUUUGAGUCAUGUAAUCAACUGUUUACUGAGUCCAUAGGAAAAGCAUUUGCAUGACGGACAUAGCUUCUGCAUUCUGACCAGAAUAGGAAGAAGUUUAUUGUGUACACUAAUAGGGGAAUCAGGGUGGGUAAUCAGCUGCUGGAGUCGCCAUAAUGAAAAAGUGCCUGAUGCUGGCAUGGAGGCAAUUUUAUAAUUUUGCAGCGGGUCUUAAUUCAUGUUGGGUAAAUGAAAACAUACUAUACGGUGGGUGUAUGGUUUGUGAUGUCAGUUCAGUAGGUGAAUACUCAAAUUGCAGUUAGGUUACUACUGUCCUAUGAGAUAUGUGCAAUCCUCAUUGACAUAAUUAAAUCAGCUCAGAAAUUUAAAACACAGGACUUCAUUGUCUGUAGUUGUGUGUCAAGUUACAGUUCUCAGCAGGCAACAAUCCACAUAGAGGCAAGGUCAAACAGUAUUUGAAAGAUGCUAUUCCUUCUACCAGGAAAUGGACUAUUCUUUUACAAAGUCAGAAUGGCUAUGUGUUUUUUCAAUAAUAUUUCUGUUUGUAAAAAGUCAAUUAUUGGUUCGCUUUAAAUGCAGCACUGCUUCUUACUUGUAUCCAUUCUGUGAUGUUUCCCAGGCAUAAGAAUUUCUUUUUUUUUUUCCGACUUGAUGAGAGAUUUAUUAUUGAACGAUUUGGUAGGGUAUAGGAGAGAACUAUUGAAGCCUUCAGGAAUGCAGGGCUCUCCACUUGUCCAGAGGACCACGAUUGGGGAUAUAUUUGACACCCCAGCCAUCAGGGAUGAGGCGCUUCUCAGCAACCAUGUCUUCAAAUUCAUCUGCAUUAAACUUGGUGAAGCCCCACUUCUUUGAGAUGUGGAUCUUCUGGCGGCCAGGGAACUUGAACUUGGCUCUUAGCAGAGCCUUAAUCACAUGUUCCUUGUUCUGCAACUUGGUUCGGAUGGACAUGAUGACCUGGCCAAUGUGAACCCUGGCCACUGUGCCCUGGGGCUUCCCAAAGGCACCAGGCAUCCCUGUCUGGAGCCUAGAUCAGGGAUAGCAUUGUGAUCAGAGGCUUGAUUACCAACUGCCAGAAAAUUGUCUCCAAGGUCCCUUGAGGCAGCCCAUAUAGAUACUAGGCUACAUACACUACCAAGGAGGCUGCUGUUUGCAACAAUUGCACACCAAAGUCCCCAUGGGAAAAGGGGCAGGCAUAAGAAUUUCUUUCCAUUUCUUUUACAAGUGCUGCUUAGGACAAGGUCUCCUGAAGGCCAGGCUGGGUCAUGCCAUAUAAUUGAUAAUUGCCUUGAACAUCUAAUCCUGUCUCUAAAGUCACAUUUUGGGAAGACAAUCCUGAAUCUCUUCUAGGCUAGGCUUUGAAGGUGAAAGUUUUCCUGGUAUGGCUGUACUUGACAUUAGCAAUGAGUAGUGAGGUCACCAAUUUUCCAUCUUGAUAGUCACCUUGACUGGCCAUUACUCCGUUCUGCAGACCAGGAAAUUAAUAAUCUGGAUAAAGGGGCUGGGGAGAAGGCUCAGCCGGUAAGAACACUGACUGCUCUUCCCAAGGUCCUGAGUUCAAAUCCCAGCAACCACAUGGUGCUCACAACUAUCCAUAAUGAGAUCUGGAGUGUCUGAAGUCAGCUACAGUGUAAUUAUGUAUAAUAAGAAUAAAUAAAUCUUUGGGCCAGAGCAAGCAGGGACUGAGUGGGGUUGACCAAAGUAGAGGUCUGAAAAAUUUAAUUCUCCACAGCCACAUGAAGGCUCACAACCAUCUGUACAGCUACAUUGUACUCAUAUACAUAAAAUAAAUAUAUAAAUCUAAAAAGAAAGAAUCUGGAUAAAAACUGAACUUCCUGUCAACUGUUGUUGCCACCAAUGUAAUUAUUUCAAAUGACUGUAGUUACAGGAGUUCAGUUACCUAAAACCAAACAGAUGGGCACUCUGAGGGUUUUUAUUAUUUUCACCAUUUAACAUGGGAAAACCCUUUUUUAAUCUGGAGGUUUUGGUUGACAAGAAAAAAAAAAUUAAUCUAGGCCAGAACUUCUGCUGUGAGCCUACAUAUAUAAAGGAUAUUGAAGUUGGUGGUCCUUUCUCUUUCUCUUCUUCCCACAUACUGGCUUGCAAGGUCUUUUUAUUUUUCUGACAUUAAGGCUCCGUCUGUGGAAUUCUGUUACGUGCUGAACACCAGCUGAGACAUACAGGAACUACUGUUUUCUUCAACUCUUCAUUGGUACAGUCAUUGAUUUACUAGUGGGGCCACAUUCUGUGAGCCAUUCUUAUCUAUCCACUUCCUGCAUACUUAGAGAGAUCCAUGCUCUGAGUUCUGUUCAUCUGGAAAACCUUUACUAAUACAGAUAUGUUUUUUCACCUUCCCACUUAGGAAGAUGUGCUGCUAACAACAGUGCUCCAUAGUGAUUGGAAUCCAUGCCCUGCUUUUCUCCCAGGGUUAUUUGGAGUCUCAUAUGUAGCAAUUGCAUAUUAGCCGCGGUUUUCCUGAUGUCAGUGUAAAAUGAGAGAAGCAAACAUCACAUUUUAUGUCCUGAAAAUCUCUCUUUAAUUGUAAUUAUCCUUGGAACCUAUAGUUUAUUCUGCUCCAAGUUGAAUAAUGUACUUUUCAAGGUGUGGCUCUUGAUUCCUUGGUGGAGGAGGGGGCGGAGCGAGGAGAAGGUGAACCGGCGGCGGCCUUGGAGGAGCAGGAAGAAGAAAUUCCUGCUGAGUUCUGGAUGACUGAAAGAUAGACUAUUGGAGGACAGGACUGAAAGAAAGUCUUGCAGAUCUGAAAAGGGUCAGCUCCUAGAUAAGAAACCCGAGCUGGGAAGCCCUAUGCUGUGUGCCUUCAGCGCACUCUAACCCUAAGGGAGGUGGUCAUGUCAAUCAAGUCUCACUAACCAAUCAGGGCCUCCGGAUAGGCCCGCCAACAGAAGUAGAGGCGUGUUCUUCCGUGUGCCUUGUUCCCCUGCUCUCUGUUCCUCUCCGUUGCAAGCAAGCUGAAAGAUUGGUCUGAUGUGUUUUGAUCUCUGCUGACAGGGGCCUUAGGGCAUUGCUAGCGAUCUACAACGUGGCGACAUGUUUUGUGAUUUCCACAUCAGAAAUGGAUUCCAGUGUUCCUGAAUGCAGUGACUUAUGAGGACGUGCAUGUGAACUUCACUCAGGAGGAGUGGGCUCUGCUGGAUCCUUCCCAGAAGACACUCUACAAAGAUGUCAUGCUGGAGACAUUCAGGAACCUCAAUGCUAUAGGCUUUAAUUGGGAAGCCCAAAAUAUUGAAGAAUAUUGUCAAAGUUCUAGAAGACACAGAAGGUGUGAAAGGAGUCAGAGUGCAGAGAAACCCUCUGAAUAUACUCAACGUGAUAAAGCCUUCGCUUUACAUGAUCACAGUCAUGCCCAAAGGCAUGAAAGGGUUCAUACAGAAAAGAUCCCCUCUGAAGUUAUUCACUGUGUCGAAGACUUUUUACCUUACACUAGUCUCCAAGUACAUAAAAGAACACAAACUGGACAGAAGCCCUAUGAAUGUAAUCAAUGUGGUAAAGGAUUUGUAAUGCCCAGUUGUCUUAAAAGGCAUGAAAGAUUUCAUACUGGAGAGAAACCCUACAAAUGUAAUCAAUGUGAUAAAGCUUUUUCCCAAUACAAUAAUCUUCAAACUCAUAGAAGAACACAUACAGGAGAGAAACCCUACAAAUGUAAUCAAUGUGAUAAAGCCUUUUCACAACACAGUACUCUUCAAACUCACAGAAGAACACAUACAGGAGAGAAACCCUUUAAAUGUAAUCAAUGUGAUAAAGCCUUUUCUGAGAAAUGUAGUCUCCAAACUCAUAGAAGAACACAUACCGGAGAGAAACCUUACAAAUGUAAUCAAUGUGAUAAAGCCUUUUCCCAAUACAGUCAUCUCCACAUUCAUAGAAGAACACAUACUGGAGAGAAACCAUUAAAAUGUAAUGAAUGUGAUGAAACAUUUUCAAACCAUAGUAAUCUUCAAACUCAUAGAAGAAUACAUACAGGAGAGAAACCCUACAAAUGUAAUCAAUGUGAUAAAGCCUUUUCACAACACAGUACUCUUCAAAAUCAUAGAAGAACACAUACUGGAGAGAAACCCUUCAAAUGUAAUCAAUGUGAUAAAGCUUUUUCAAGACACAGUACUCUUCAAACUCAUAGAAGAACACAUACUGGAGAGAAACCAUUCAAAUGUAAUCAAUGUGAUAAAGCCUUUUCCCAAUACAGUCAUCUCCACAUUCAUAGAAGAACACAUACUGGAGAGAAACCAUUCAAAUGUAAUCAAUGUAAUAAAGCCUUUUCCCAAUACAGUCAUCUCCACAUUCAUAGAAGAACACAUACUGGAGAGAAACCCUACAAAUGUAAUCAAUGUGAUAAAACAUUUUCAAACCACAGUACUCUUCAAACUCAUAGAAGAACACAUACUGGAGAGAAACCCUACAAAUGUAAUCAAUGUGAUAAAGCUUUUUCAAGACACAGUACUCUUCAAACUCAUAGAAGAACACAUACUGGAGAGAAACCCUUUAAAUGUAAUCAAUGUGAUAAAGCCUUUUCUCAGAAAUGUAGUCUCCAAAAACAUAUAAGGAUACAUACUGGAGAAAAACUCUACAAAUGUAAUGAAUGUGAUAAAGCCUUUUCACAACACAGUACUCUUCAAACUCAUAGAAGAACACAUACCGGAGAGAAACCCUUCAAAUUUAAUGAAUGUGAUGAAGGCUUUUCUCACCAUUAUAAUCUACAAAUUCAUGAGAGAAGACAUACUAGAGAGAAACCUUACAAGUGUAUUCAGUGUGUGUAAGUCUUUUAAAACAUUUUCAUCUUCAAAAGAAUAAAAGAAUCCACACUGGAGAAAAAUUCUACGAAGGAAUUUCAUUGUGAGCAACCUUUUUACAACGCCAUCAUUUCUGAAUGUAUAAGUGAACGUACUGAAGAGAAAGACUAUGGAUGUGAUCAUAGUCUUAAUCGUCAUGAACAUAUUUUGGGGCCAGAAUCCUUCUGAGUAUAAGGAAUGUGAAAAAAAUCUAUGCUGGGCAGUUAUCUCCUAAUGCAGCAAGGAGCACAUACUGCAGAGAGACAUACAGACAGAUAUAUAUAUAUAUAGAGAGAGACCAUAUACAUAUACGCAAUGUGGUAAACCUUUGUAUAUCACAGUUAUCUUUGAAUACAUAAAAGAGCACAUGAUAUAUCUCAGAAUACAUAAAAGAAAACACUGGAGAGAGAAACUGUGUGAAUAAUGUGGUAAGGCCUUUGCAGUUGACAUUGACAGUGAUCUCAUAAUGUAUAAAUUAACAUAGACUUGUAAGAAACCUCAUAAAAACAAGAAAUGUGGUAAAGCUUGUGUGUGGAUCAGUCGUUUUUUCUUGAGAAAAAUCCAUGCUGCAGGGUAACCCUGUAAAUGGUGCCACUGUGGAAACAUUUUGUACGCCACAGUAUCUGUAUACGAAAGUAAAACCUUUAGCAUGAACUGGGUAGGUAAAAGUUUGCAUGUGACAAUAAUCUUUUAGGACUUUAAAGAACUCAAAAAUAAGGGAAUCUGUAACUCUGACGGACAUAGUUCCAUCUUGGGCCAAUCCAGUUACAUUAAUUUACACAACAUUAUCUAUUCUUGAGAAAACUUUUAGCAAAUAUCAACUAUCUCCUCAAGUAUGAUGAUGUCUCUAUUUUAUUCAUACCUGGAAACUCAUAGGGACAAAAGCCCUAUGAGGUUGAUUGAUAAGGUAACUGCUUUAGAAUACACAGUUCACUUUGAGUCCGUGAAAUAACUCAUUCAGGUGUGAAACACUGUCGGUGAGUAUUAGUGCCUUUUCCGUUGUUGUGAUAAAAUGUCUAAGGUAUUGUAGAAAACUGAAGUCCCAAACGAAGGUUUCCUCCCCCUCUUUGGCCAUUUCUUUUCCAGGUAAAACACACACAACUUUUAUAUUUGUAAUAAACCUUAAUCAACACCCAAUAAUGGCUGAUAUGCAUCCUCUAUGCUAUCUUGUCUAUUUCCCAGCCAGUAAUUUUGUCAUAUUAUUUUGCUUUAUUUCAUCUGGGCUAUGCUUAACUCCACUUAGUCACCCCACAUGCCCAUUAUGUUAUUAUUGACCUAACCUAAGGCUGCUUUUUCUCUGUCUGCUUUCUUCUCCUUGUGGUUCUCCUCUGACCCCAAGUCCAGUAUCCCUAAUCCCUGUCUAUGUCUCUUCUGCCCAGCUACUUGUCCAGCUAUUGAUUGUUGUCAUCUUUAAUAACCAGUCAGAAGAAACUUGAGAGCAAGGUCAUACACCUUCGUUUGGGUCUGUGGGCAGAUCUUGUCUUCUAUGGAGCAAUCAUUUUUUAGGUUCCUGCUCUUAACAUUACAGUACAUAGCAAGAGACGAAACCCCAACAUGAAGGUAAUUUUUAGAAGCAUUUAAAUUUCAUUAAAGUUCCAAAGGGACAUAGGAUCACCAUGAUAUUGUCAGGGCAACAAGUGUCAUUUGUGGCAGCUAAAGGAGGAGCUCAGAGCUCAGGUCCUCACCCUAUAGCCUCAAAGAGAGAGUUAGAGCUGGGUGUGGUGUCACUUGCCUUUAAUCCCAGCACUAGGGAGGCAGAAGCAGGCAAAUUUUCUGAGUUCGAGGCCAGCCUGGUCUAGAGUGAGUUCCAGAAGAGCCAGUGCUACACAGAGAAACCCUGUCUCGAAAAACCAAAAGAGAGAGAGAGAGAGAGUUAGGACUAGACAUGAUUUGAGAAAGUAAACUCUGAAAUUCAACCUCAGUGACAUAUUUUCUUCAGCAGGCAGAUAUUUCCUACAUGAGAAGUAUUGAUUUCUCUGCCAUCAAUCCUCUAUGCUUGCUUUUUGUUAUAUAAGCCAAGUCAUGAUGAAGAAAAACUGUUGAUAAGCUUUAGAUGCCAAAAACUCUGGGUUAUAGUAGUCAAUGCUUAUAUAAGAAGAACAUCAUGAGUAAAAUUUUCUUUGCUUACCAA